AUGGAAUCGGGUUCGCCCAACUUCGACAAGGCCAUACCCGAAACUCCGAAGACGCCAGAGAUGCGUAACGACAGCUUCGAUGCCAACAUGCCAUCGGGCGAUGUGGACUUGACGGGCAGAAAAACUCGAGGCAGUAUCGCCAGCGACAGUUCGGAAGAGCCCUUGGACUCUCUCGUUGGCAGCCCAACGAUGCCUUAUCUUUGUUAUGGACGCAGGCGGAGCUCUUUUAUCAGUCCCUUCCAGAUCAACAAAGCUCGUUACCUCUUGAGCUUCGCCGAUGCCGAGACCGCGCAGGAGUGGUGGACGUUGAUGCAAUCUGAGUAUCCCGAUACUUUGCGCGAGAGCUCCAACCUCUUCUCGUUCAAGAACGACCGCACUCCCAUCAAGGCAUGGGAGAAUCCCAAGUUUGCGCAUCUGAGAGAUAGGUGGUCAUAUCGCCAGACUGAUGGAAAAGACGACAAAACUUCGAAUCAGCAACAGGUGUCGUCGCAUAGGCGUGUUUCAUCUGCCCGUACGCCUCUGAUGCCAACAUUGAGCGAAGGCCAUGUGUUUGGAGGAUUCGAAAGACUCGAAGACCCCUUCACCCCAGCAGGCGCAAGCAACAUGGAGUUUGCCCAGCUGAAUCUGGCCUCGGAUCAUAUUCAAAAGUCCGUCAGCCAGUCAACCUUGCAACUAGAUGCGCUUCUCGAAGGCCAGCAAGCCAGUGCUAGAGGCUUCCAGAAGUUGUCUGCAACGAUAGAGCGCAUGACACAGCAGAUGGAAGCGCUAGCCCGCAGACAGCAAGACCACGAGAUAGUGCUGCGCGAGCUGACGGCAGCCGCUACAGCGAACAAUGCCGCUAGCGAUGUCCAGUACCGACAUCAGCAAGCAGCUGCUCUUCAUUCUCUUCAAUCCGUUAUCGAAGAGACCUGUUCGCGUGUACAAGAACUUUAUCUCAAACCACCUCCCACACCGGGCCCAAAUCACGAAAUCCUGCACGAGUUGCAGGAAGAGGUAUCGCAAACCUCGACACUGCUGAGAGAUCUUUACAACCGUCCACUGCCAGAGAGUGAUCCUGCUCAAGCAGAGAGUCUUCAAAANUUGCAGAAACAGCUCUUGCAAAACACAAAAGCCAUCCGCGCAUUGACAGAUCGCCCAGAACCUGCUUCCAAUAAUGAGACAUUGCAGAAGCUACAUAAGGAGGCAUCACAGACUACAGCAAUCUUGCGCGGUAUCACAGACCGUUUGGCAGCAACAGAGCCACCAGCACCAACAGCACCGAACACAGAUCUCCUUCAACGACUACAGAAGGAUAUGACCAAGAAUAUGACCAUUCUCCAAACCUUGUCGAGCAACCAGGAAGCCUCAGGAAAACAGCUCUCGACCCUCAAAUCCACUAUCGACACAACCAUCUCAAAUCAGAGAUUACUUACCACGCAAUUAAAGCAAACGCAUGCGCUAGCACAGACAACCCAAGACUCAAUUACCCGUUUAUCCUCUGCCCAGGACACCAAGUUUUCUGCUUUGGAGGCUAAGAUGGACAAGCAGGUGCAACAGAUGAAGAAGAACUUCUCAGUACAGCUUGACAAACAGCAGGAAACAUUCAAAGGACAACUGGACGAGAUCCUUGGAGCGGUGAAGGGAAUAAACAUGGUUAGAAGUGCUGAAUGUGGUCAUGGAGAGGUUUUGCCGCCGCCAAAGAAAAUCGGGAGAAAAAUCGUUGGCUACGUUUAUGAGAAGGAGUAG